AGUUUUCUGGAUAUUUCCUUCCUAGCUUUAAAUAGGAGUGCUCUUCGGGUGCUUCUUUAAUAGGUUUCGAUAUUGAGACAUUGACUACUUAGAGAUAAAAGGCAAUCUCUCUUGUGUACGACCUGCUCUGAUAUUGUGAAGUAUUAAUUGAACUGUGAAUUGCUUAUUUUAAUUGUAUGAAGCUUUUGAAUCUCAAGUGAUAUCGACGUUUGUGUUGAUCUUGCUAUUGAACUUUUCGACAUGCCAAGCAGCAAAGCACCAGCGAUCGGCAUCGAUUUGGGUACUACAUACUCUUGUGUUGGAGUAUUUCAGCAUGGAAAUGUGGAAAUAAUUGCCAAUGAUCAAGGUAAUCGCACAACUCCUAGUUAUGUUGCCUUCACAGAGACUGAACGAUUGAUAGGUGAUGCAGCUAAAUCACAAGUAGCUCUAAAUCCAGAAAAUACCAUCUUUGAUGCCAAGCGUCUGAUUGGAAGAAGAUUUGAUGAUCCAAAAAUCCAACAAGACAUGAAACACUGGCCAUUUAAAGUUCAAAAUGCAGGAGGUAAACCUAAAAUUUGCGCUGAAUUUAAAGGAGAAUUCAAGCAAUUUAAUCCUGAAGAAAUAAGUGCAAUGGUGUUGACUAAAAUGAAAGAAACAGCAGAGAUGUACUUGGGACAGAAAAUUACUGAUGCUGUCAUUACAGUCCCUGCAUAUUUCAAUGACUCCCAGCGACAAGCUACAAAGGAUGCUGGCAGAAUAGCUGGACUAAAUGUUUUGAGAAUUAUCAACGAGCCUACAGCUGCUGCACUUGCAUAUGGACUGGAUAAGAACUUAAAAGGAGAAAAAAAUGUUCUAAUAUUUGAUUUAGGUGGUGGAACAUUUGAUGUCUCCAUUCUUACUAUUGAUGAAGGGUCUUUGUUUGAAGUCAGAUCAACUGCUGGAGAUACACACUUAGGAGGUGAGGACUUUGACAAUAGAAUGGUUGCUCAUUUUGUAGAGGAAUUCAAAAGGAAGCAUAAAAAAGAUUUGAAAACAAGUCCUAGAGCACUAAGAAGAUUAAGAACAGCCUGUGAAAGAGCCAAAAGAACACUUUCAAGCAGUUCUGAAGCAAGUAUUGAGAUAGACGCUCUCUUCGAAGGAAUAGACUUUUACUCGAAAAUCACUAGAGCCAGAUUCGAAGAGCUCUGUAUGGACCUUUUCAGGUCGACCCUGGAACCAGUGGAGCGUGCUUUAAAAGAUGCUAAGAUGGACAAAAACAGUAUUCACGAUGUCGUUUUGGUUGGUGGAUCUACCCGAAUCCCUAAAAUUCAAAAAAUGUUGAGAGAUUUCUUCAAUGGGAAAGAACUAUGCAUGUCUAUCAAUCCAGAUGAAGCCGUGGCCUAUGGAGCUGCAGUGCAGGCGGCUGUAUUGACUGGAAGCACAGAUGAAAAAAUCAGAGAUGUCCUCUUGGUCGAUGUCGCUCCACUUUCUUUGGGAAUUGAGACGGCUGGAGGAGUGAUGACUAAAAUUAUUGAAAGAAACUCUCGAAUUCCAUGCAAAACAUCCCAAGUUUUCACUACAUAUUCUGAUAACCAGCCAGGAGUCGAUAUUCAAGUCUACGAAGGUGAGAGAGCGAUGACUAAAGACAAUCACUUGCUCGGCAGGUUCCAGCUAUCUGGAAUUCCGCCUGCUCCCAGAGGUGUGCCACAGAUUGAAGUGACAUUUGACAUGGAUGCAAAUGGAAUUCUGAAUGUUUCUGCCACGGAGAAAAGUUCCGGGAAAUCUCAAAGCAUUGUUAUCACAAAUGAUAAGGGAAGAUUGUCUAAAGAUGAAAUUGAGAGAAUGCUGAAUGAAGCCAAACAGUAUGAAAAAGAAGAUGCUGAGCAACGAGAGAAGGUAGCUUCCCGAAAUGCCCUUGAAAGUUAUGUUUAUUCGGUUAAACAGGCUGCUGAUGCUGCUCCUGGGGAUAAACUGUCUACUGCUGACAAGUCCAAAGUAAAGGCAACCUGUGAUAACAUUAUUCAGUGGUUAGACAACAACACACUAGCAGAAAAAGAUGAAAUUGAUCAUAAAUUGAAGGAAGUGCAAGCUGAACUGUCGCCGAUCAUGACAAAAAUGCACCAAGCUGGAGGUGGGGCAUUCAAUCCUAACCAAGGCCCAAAAACUGCAACUGCUGGUGGACCAACGAUUGAGGAAGUUGAUUAAAAUUUUUAAAGACUUAUGAACAAUAUAUUAAGUGCUGGCACUUAUUUAUUAUUUUAUAUUGUAUAUACUAUUUUUGUGAAUAUGGACUGCACCAUAAUGUAAGUACUGUCUAUUUAUUACCAUGUUGAUAUGCUAAGUCAUUUUACCUUGAAAUUUAACAUAGAUUUGAAAUCUACCUGAAUGAUCAAAUCUUGCAGAAAAGUCAUAUUUCAUGUAAAUAAUAAGUUUAAAUAAACCAAGACUUAUUUUUUAAAA